AUGGAGGACGACUCGUUGAGGACCGGGGAGAGGGAGGAAGGCGACACCAAGUACCGUGGCGUGCGGAAGCGGCCGUGGGGAAAGUUCGCAGCGGAGAUCCGCGACUCCAACCGCAACGGGGUGCGCGUUUGGCUGGGGACAUUCAACACGGCGGAGGAGGCGGCGCGCGCCUACGACCGUGCGGCGUACGCCAUGAGGGGUUCGCUGGCCGUGCUCAAUUUCCCCAAUGAGUCUCGGGCGAGGAACGCACGACCAUCCUCUUCUCAGUCGGCGCUGGCGCAGGGGAGGUCGACCUCAGCCGGCGCCUUCAGUGGGGAGCGGAUCGAACUGGAAUAUCUGGACGACAAAUUGCUGGAGGACCUUCUCACCUCCGGGGAAGACAGAACCACGGGGAACAACUGA